AUGGAUUCCAUCCAUACCAAAACUCGACAAUGGCGGAAGCCUUUAAUUUGGUCAGCAUCGUUGGCAGUUGUCGUUAUCGCCUUUGCGGGAUCAUAUCUUCACCAGCGUCCGGAGAAAGGAACUCCUCGUUUCGACUUUGACCCGCGCUUCAAAAUUCCCUCGCCUCCAGUAGAUACGCCUUACUCAGACAAGGGUAAUAUGAUAGCCAUGGUUCUGACAGGAGUCAGUUGCCUUUUCGCAGUCGCAUGUGGUGUUCGUGACGCCCGAAUCACGCGCUCAUUGUUACCGUUUGUCUUGCCUUUGAGUUGCGGCAUGAAUGUACUUUCAGAAACUAUGAUCGAUAGAUUAGGAGCUAUCUAUUACCCUUGGCUCGAGAACUAUGUUUCGUCCCAUAUUCUAGGACGCGAGAUCGUCCAUUGGACCCCAAUCUGGUUCGGUUACGCGUUGGUAAUGCACCUGGGGCUCCAACUGCUGCAUAAGAACGCGAAAACUCUGGAUUGA